AUGGAAGAGGCGCAAAUUAGGCUCAACCAAGUAAUGCGUCGGGUGUGUGGCUGGAUCAGAGAGCAUACCCUUAACCUGGCUCUACAGAAGACGGAGAUUGUGGCUCUUAUGACCAAAAGGAUUCAGAUGUGCAUCCAGUUGAAAGUGGAAGGCAAGAUGAUUGAAACGCCACAGGCGACUAAAGAACUCGGUAUCUACAUCGAUACGAACGUUGGCGGACCCAAACAAAGCAAACGCCGGUUAUUGUUGUCGGUCACCACAUUUAUCCUAGUGUACGGAGCCGAAAUAUGGGCGGACGCACUCAGGAUAGAUAAGUAUAGAAACCGCAUUGCCGGCGUACAGCGGACAGGAACGCAGCUAGUCACCUGCUCCUAUAGUAAUGUUUCUAAGCCCGUGGGGUUGGUGUUCGCAGUGAUAAUCCCGAUUGAUCUUUUGACCUGCGAGAAAAAGAAGAUUUUCGUGAGAAAGGCGGCGGUGCAGAAAAUCGUCGCAAAGGAAAAGGCUUGA